UACAUCCUCAUGGUGCGUAUCGCUUGUAACGACGCGUUCUCGGCAAUUAAGGAAGAUUAAUUGUUCCCGAACAUAAGUAGCUGCUGCGGCUGUAUACCUUACCCGGUUGACCCUGCCGUCGUCUCCUAGACAACGAAGGAUAUCUUGUUAACUCGAUAAUUCACGACUCGAACUCCUGCGAGUUAUAAAAACUCGAAUGUAGUCAGUUCUCUGUGUCGAAGUUAUGUCGGACCCCCUGGUACAAUCGGCGAAAGAAAGCAGGCUCAAUGCUCUCAACAAAAAGAUUAUCGAGAUCAAGAAGAAGAUUCAACUGUCCGAGGGGCAGAGGAAGGCCUGCUUCGAGGAGUGCGAUGCCCAGAAGAAGGAGAACGCCGACAAGGUCUGCAGGCUCAAGAAAGAAGUCAAAGAGCUUCAACUGACCUUUGCCAAAGCUAAAAAUCAUCAAAAUGCGGCAGACAGCGAACUCUUGAGAGGUCAGGAGGUAUUGAGUUCCGUGAAGCGAAAGAAUUUGGAAGAUUCCAUAUCAGGACUGGACGAAGAUAUAAUCCGGCUUCGCAAGAAGCUGGAUUUGGUCCGCUACGAAAGCGACAAGCAACAAAAAAAGUUGACCGGUCUUCUUCAGGAUUACGAGGAGCUCAUGAGUGGAGACGUUCAAAAAAUGUCGGAGAAAAAAUUGGAGAACCCGCUGAAAAAGAAAAUCAUAAAGCUAGAGAAUCAACUCCAGAGGAUUCACGUAAUGCAAAUGGAAGCAGACACGGUAAGGAAGAAAUAUCGUGGUGUGCGAUCCAGUUUGAAAGCUGACGCUGCUCUUUACGCAUCGUCUUUAAGAACCUUGGAAGAUAAUAUUCAGGAACAAAAAAUGGAAAUUAAUCGACUACAGGACGUGAAAAAGGAAGCAAUCCAUCUGCGUGAUAUUACCAAAGGUACACUGAUGAAGCAGGAAGUAGAAGCGAUGAACACUUCGAAGCAGCGUGAUGGAGUCAUCCUAGAUUACAGGCAGAGGGUGGAAGAUCGAAAAUUGGAAUUGGAACGACUGGAAAGAAUGAUUUUUCCCACAUGUCGUCCAAUUCGACGGGAUGAAGGAGAAUCCGAUGAACAGACGACCACGAGUCCAUCGGCUUCUAAGGAAGGUACGCAGCACCUAGAGGAGGCUUUCGCGAAGCUUCGAGAGGCCACGGGGGUUUCGAGAACGGAAGAUGUCCUCAACAGAUUUCUAGCUCAGAAAGCGACGAAGGAUAAACUCCAGAAAAUGCGGAUGGCCACGGAAAACGAAAAGAUAAAUUUGGAAAAAACAAGACAACAACUUAUGGCGGCAAUCGAGAUGCAGAAGUUUUCAGAAACCAAGGAAUCCGAGCAGAAUGCCGAGGAGUUGGAUAACCUGAAUCGACAAAUUUUGGAACAGAUUCAACGCGAAGAAAAAGCUUUGGCCGAUAACAAACGAGUGAAGGAACUUCUUACAGAAGUAAACGCUACAUUAUGGCACUUUUGCGACAGAUUAAGGGAUAUCAGCGAUACGCCGAUACCAGAGAAAGUCGGGAACGUCGAGGAGAUUUUCAAGUUGCUCGAAGUUCUGCAGGAAAAGGUGGGGGCGACUAUAGAGCUGGCAGGAUCAGUGGAAAAAGACGAUGCGGAGAUCACAGAGGAUUCUAUAACUGCUGAAAAGUUGGAAACAACCUCUACAACCGAACCAUCGGCAGUUAGAAAAAUAAAGGACACAGAUGACCGUCCAUUUUUCCCAACAUUCCCUUCGGCCCCGACACCGGCGGCACCAGCUCCGCCUUCCGAAGAUGAAGAAGAGGUGCCGACGCGAAGUAUCUUGAAGCGACAGGCUCAAUUAUUGGUUGAUACGAAAAGCCGACGAAAAGGAUUCAAUUUCAGGAGAUAGAAGGUGGAAAUUCUAACGAGGGAUAUAUGUACCUUUCAUAAAUGCUAGUUACACGAUAAUUAGAGUAGACGAAGAUUCAUUCCAAAUCUCGAUGUUAUAUUUU